AUGACAAUCUCAAAGUCGACCCUUCGUGGGUCAAACCGCAUUAAAGAAAAUGAUAAGAGGCGUAUUGUGGAUGAAACAUCUCGAAAAAGGAGGCACAGAAAGGUUAUGGAACUGCUCGAGUCCGAUAACUACCAUGAAGAUCCCCAUGCCGACUUGGUUAUGAGCAAGAAAGUGCCAAAGUUUGAAGACAACUUGGAACAUAGAACUUCCCGCGCCAAAAAGAAAGAGCGCACUGCCGAGUAUUAUCAAAUUAAGUAUAGAAAAAACUUUCAGCAGUUGGUGGAUGAAGACAGAGCUGAAGCUGAGGCAAAUAAGAGAGUGUCAUACAUGGAUAUACAAUGUGAGGAGUCUCCAAUGCCUCCAAGACAUUUUUGUGCCGUGUGUGGGUUCUUAGCAAAGUAUAGUUGUUUGUCUUGUGGGACCAGGUAUUGUUGUAUCAGGUGCAUGGACACUCAUAUGGAUACAAGAUGCUUGAAAUGGGCAGCUUAAUUAUUUCGUAUUGUAUUUUUUUGUGAUUAUACGUUUUUACUGUGUAUACAUCAUUUUUCCUUACCUAUUGUUUUGAUGUUAUUGAAUGUUUGAAAUGUGAAAAAAUAUGGUUAUAUGUCACCUGUCAGAACGACACGUGACAUCUACCUGUCUAUUCCAAAAGAGAUAUUAGGUAACUAUGUUUAGUGUCAUCUAAAUGCAAUAGAUGGCUACAAACGUAUUUAGUAGAUUUUUCGGGUGAGUUAUAUUGAUAAAUUAAUUUUUGAUGAUACGUGUAAGAAAUAGAUAGUUUGACACAAUUAGAAUAGUGGGAUGUGUCGUGAAAGUGAUUGCGAAGCUCUCGCUAUCGUGUUACUGCCCAAAUUCUUUCAAAUCCGUCUGCACUAAAAUCUAGACUGGAGGAUUGAAAUGUGUAAUCUAUUUUAAGUAUGUUCUGCGCUCCCGUGAUGGUGUUAUUUGGCAUAUUUUACAGAAAGGUUAGUACAACGAAAAUCUCCAUCCUUGAUUUAAAGUAUUGCAAGUGAGGUAUUUAUUUCUAAAGGAACAGAAUUCGUCUUUAAUCAAAACAGUCUGAUAGUUUACUGGAAAGCAUGAACGUUAUGCAACCCAUGCUGCUUCCAUCAUUAGUAACCUUCAUUGAUAACGUAUUUUUUAUUGUAUCUGGUAUCGAACAUCCAUUCAAGGCAUGCUUUCUUCAAGAACUACUUUUGGGUUUAAAAUUCUUGUAAACGUUUAAAUCUUAUUCGACAAAAUAUAAGGUAAGGAUAAAUACAAAGAUCAAACCAUUAACAUAAAAUAACGGCCAUACCACGCUGAAAACGCCGAGAAUGUAAAUACCUCUUUGUUUCAAAUUUUUAAUUUUUUAGUACAGGUUUUGAGUAUAUUUCCUGUAAAUACACUUCUCAACCAAACCCCGGACAAAAUCUAUGAAUAUUGAAUUUUUUGGACUUUCCUUUGUUCUAGUUUGUUUUGUAAGUGUCAUUUUAUUAUUUGGAUGUGACAAGAAUAAUAUAACCACAUGCACAUGUAUAUUAUAAAAUUAUUUAGCUUAACACCAAGCAUCUCUGGGUCAAAUCGAGUGUGCGCCAGAUUCCACAGAGAAUAUUACUAUGUUAGCAUUAAGCCCAACCCUCGUAGUGAAUAUAUAAUUUAAGUGCAUAUUACUGUAUAUAAUCUUGAAAAAUAAAUAUAAAUUGUUGCUAGAAAAAAUCGUCCGAUCGCCGAAGCUAAGCAGCGUUGGGCGCGGUUA